GCUGCUUUAACACAUAGGAAUUGCUUGUGUGUGUAUCAUGAAAAUAUUUGUUUACUUUUAAAAUCUCUUGAUAAAUACGUUGGUGGACAAUGCUGCUCAUCUUUGAAAACAUUUACCGAUAGUUUAGUUUGUAGUACUAAUAAUGAAGAAUGUAUGUUCAGUAGUUGUUCACUUUGUGAAGAUUUUUUUACAGAAAAAAUUCAGGAAAACGUUUCGAACGAUAAAAUCAAAAUUACUUGGUCACAAUGGAUGAACGAAAAUGGUCAUGCAGAAAAAAAAGUGUUUUCAGGAAACGUUGAUGAAGCAGUUUUGUCAUUGAAGUCAAAAGUUGAACAUUUUUUGUUUCAUGUGUACGUUAAACGAGAACAGUCGAAGUAUUUUGAAAAAUUAACGACGGAAGUUAGUGAUGAAAAGAUAAUAUUGCAAGUCGAUUUUGCAGAGAAUUUCAAUAUGAAAGAACAAGACGAGAUCCAGAAGGCUCACUGGAACACGAAGCCGUUGAGCAUAUUUACUGCUUUUGUCUGGUCAAAAAGUGAAAAUUUUUCUUUUGCUCUACCAUCGUCAGAUCUGACACACGACAAAUUUGCUGUUGAUUCUGCUUUGAAAAUCAUUUUAAAUCAUAUCGAAACAGUUUUUCCAAAUGUUGAAGAAAUAAAUUGUUUCUCGGGUGGUGCUACUUCUCAGUUUAAACAACGUUUUCAUUUUCGAAAUUUAACGCGAAUUGCUGAUGAACGGAAAAUAAACUUGAGUUGGCGUUUUUUCGCAACUUCUCAUGGAAAAGGUGUAGUCGAUGGUAUUGGAGGUAUUGUAAAACGUCUUGUGUGGUCAGCUAUACUAGUAGGAGGAGUGUGUCGAUCAGCUGAAGAUUUUAUUAAACUUGCAGAGAAAAAAACUAAGAAAAUCAUUCUGAUUCAAAUCACGAGCAGUGACAUUGAUAACUCGAAAACCAAACUUGAAAAUCUUUUCAAAAUGGCAGAAUCUGUUCCGGAAACAUUAAAAAUGCAUUCGGUUAAAGUAGGUGACGAAAAUGAAUUAGAAUUUCGCUAUUAUUCUACGUGUUCUGAAAAAAAGACUAUAACAUAUUGA